GGUGUGGCUUGUGUAAUGUAGAUGGAUCAAGUGUAUUGAUUGAUUAUAUAACAGCAAAUAAUGCAUUUAUUAUUAAAGAAAAAGUCAAUAUUACCGCAAAUGUUCUUCAUGCACUUGAUAUUCAAAGUAACUCACGUGCUGACUUUAUUGACCGUUAUAUUCAACCUGCAGAUCAAGAAUAUUGUCGUCUAUUGGCUGGAUUACCCGGUACUCAACUUUAUGAUAAUAUGCAACAAGGACGUGCAGAAUAUUGGCGAGUUGUAUUCCGAAAGAAGAUAGCAACCAUUACAUCUCUUAUUUAA